GGCUAGUUAUAUCUCACUAGCCUGCAGUAUUAGGCUCCUCGCUAAUAUUGGACGAUUCGUCCAAAGUUAUAGGGUCAGUGGAAUUGAAUUGAUGGUUCUUCUAACGCCUUCGUGUUGUAACGCGGCCGACGUGGAUGCCAUGCUGUCGACUACUGCGAUGGGAGGGGUCGAGAAGGACUCUCGUUGCGUUUGCCAGAGCCGGAGCUGUGGGCCCACACGAUCCGGGCCCCGUGCAGCCGCUGGUCUCUCGAGGCCUUGUGCGACUACUGUGCGCAAGAUUUCGCCUCAUCGUUCGCGCCUCGGAUCCGUUUCUGGUGAAUUUGGUGCGUGAGAUGCAAUAUAUCGACCGCCGUGGGGGCCACGGCUGUGAUGAAUCCGCUCAGCUGGCGGGUGAAAUGAGCUGCUGGUUCUGGCAGUCCUGUGGAUGUAAUUCCUGAUGAUGGAAGCAGAGGCUUGUGCUGCGAAACGCGAUUGAGUUUUCUCCCUUCCUACUUCGCCAGGAUGCAGGGGACUCGCUCCCUCCAGCCUUCCAAGAACCUCGAGUUCGGAGGUGCUGAGCUUUUGAGGUGUAAGAAGGCUCUCUUCUCGACAACUUUGCUUGUGCCUGCGCUUUCUACGUCUCGGAGGGCGGUGUGAUUCGAGAUACGUUCCAAGUCAGAUGACACCAAACUGGCCAUGAACCGGUCAAAAAUAAAUCUAGCUUGUAUUGGUGGCAACUGUGACGUGGCACACGAAUGCCAUGGAGAAGAACAACAAACUGGCCAGGAAUUGGUCAAAAAUAAAUCUAGCUUUAUUCGUGACAAGCCAUGGAGAAGAACAUGAAGUCGUUAGGCUAACCAUCAAAGACCUUAUACUAGGUUUAGGGUGCUAAUUAAUCUAAAGUGAGUGAUAACUAACCACUCCGUUAGUAUUAUGUUU